AUGGGCUUUGCGCAAGAACUUUCAUCGGCAGAAUUGGCCGAUCUACAAAUAAACACCAAAGACCUUAAGGCAAAAGCGGACAAGGUGAACUUGUCCCCGCCUAUGUCGCCUAUGACUAUGAGAAGAGGGUCGCCAGAUUUGUCGCCAUUGAACUCAGUGAGCCCUCAGGCACACCCUACGCAGUCCAUUAGCGAUGGUGUGGAUAAGGUUCUGAUGGCCCGAACCGCCAUAGAACAUAUUGAGAUCUUGCUACCGCAGCACACACAACAUCACGGCACGGCCUUCGGAGGACAGAUCAUGCAGUGGAUGGCAGAGACGGGCUUCAUCUCCGCACACCGAGUCAUCACAGACACGCCCGUGCUCAAGAGUGUGGACGAUGUGCAUUUCAUCAAUCCCGGCCAUCUGGGCGAGCGCAUUCACAUUUUCUGCCAAGUCAAUCGGUCGUUCAAUCAGAGCUGUGAAGUUGGGGUGCGAAUUGAGGCGUUUCCCAUUGGCGAGAAGCCUCGACACAUCAACUCAGCCUUUCUGACGUUUGUGAGCAAAGGCAGCUUGCCAGCUAGAUCCGUCAUAGUCACCAAUGAAAUGGAGGAAAGGAGAUAUCUAGAUGCUGCAUCCCGUAGGAAAGUUGCCAUUGAUCGGGCGGUGUUAAGAUCAAAAGAGAGAAACCUUACAGUGCCAUUCGACACCAACACACGGGCCGAUAUCAUCGCAUCGAAUGUCCGCGGUCUCAUGCACCUGGUCCAGUCCAAGAGUGGGUGGGAAAAGGGUGUCAGCAGCGAGACAGAAACAUGGAAUGUAUACAUGAAGCAACAGGCCGGUCGAACCUGUAUCAAAGCCCAGGGUACCUUGCCGCAUCCUGCGUCGCAAAUGUUUGAAACGGUACGAGCGAUGCCUCUGCGCCCACUGUGGGAUCCCAUAUAUAGCGAGAGUAUUGUGGUCGAGAUUCUUGACGAAUUUAACUACAUUUGCUUACAGCGCCUCAAAGAAACCAAGAGUACGCCGGCGCAAGAACUGCUGGUGCUUGUGUCUGUGCGACAACUGGGUGAAGUGGGUGGUAACUAUGUCUUCGCCUUCAGAUCCAUAGACCACGCAGACUAUCCCGUACAGAAAGAUACGAUUCGAGCUGAGAUUUAUUCCGGUGGUUUUGUCGUGCAGCCAAUAGAUGCCGAAUCGUGCCAGUUCUGGUACUUGCAGAACGGUAUGACGGACUCUAUCAUGCAGUACAUUGCGGCGGAUUUCAUUGGCUUCAGCAACACUAUUGGAUACACGAUGAAUUGUUUGGUGAAUUUCCAGGAACGGCUGUACGUACAGAAAGAAUGGCAGGUGGUUCACGACAUGGCUAAAGAAGUACUGAAAGAGCGUCUGAAACUAGUGGAGGUUUAUUCACAUAUGGAGAAUCGAACCCCCGACCAGGAGCUAGAGCUCACUUACAGGCGGGCUUCAAUGACUACCAUGGUUAUGGCUAUGGUUCGAUUGCGUGAUAUGGAAGCCCGAUCUCAGCCACUGGACACCAAGCGCAAACUGACAGACUCACUGCUCGCUCCUCUGUCACCGAGGAGUGAAUCGACACUGCGGCUGGCCAGGAAGAGUGUGGGCAGGAUACAGACGUUGUUCCGAAAAGACUCCAGGAAGGGCUCGGUCCCCGAUGCCAAGCAUGAAUAGCUGUAGUUGGAUAUAGAAGCGUGUGUAUGGGAGGGGGGGUCAGCAGUUGGGGCGUGUGUAUACUUGAUUGGUGAGAAAGUUGUGUUGGAAUCCAUGGUUAACACGCAUAGAAAGGAAGGGUAUAGGUUGGGCUGGGCUACAGACACUGUAUAGUAACAACCCCACGAAGAUAUGUUGCCGGAUGCGAAGCCAGUAUAAUCAUAAACAAAGGUAGAAUAUAAACGAGAACUUAGGAGAUGUAUGGAUGUGUGUGCUGGAGAUGCAUGGGUGUGUGUGCUGCGGGUGUAUACCUUUGUUGAAGUUCAGGUUUCCUGAGCACACUCGGUAGCAUUCGUUGGAACGAUGGUAGAGCAACGACUCUUGAGGAUGUUCUGUAUUGGAAACGAAGUGAGAAUAUUUGUGAUGUUUCAAAUGGUUCAAUCGGUAAGUAUAGGUAUGUGUGGGUACUCUUUACCGAUAGUGUGGGUAGGACGGGCAUCGUGCUUGACCAGGGAGAGUAUGGUCAAGGUGCGAUAUAGCUUAGUGCAACCUAUAUCCGUUGUUGAAUAAGGCUAGAAAUGGAAUAAACACUCCUUGAAAUAUGAUUCUGUGAGGUUGGAGUGUACGUGGUGAGAAUGCAUAUAACCUAUAAGCAGGUAGCCAAGGUUCCUAAUGACGAGGUCUGAGUUAACAGAGUGGGGUGGAUAUGAGCAAUUGCCGGGUGGCCACAGGCACGUAGUUGCGAGGUCAGGAUAUCUGAGGGUGAUUGACUACAAGUAGGUUGCUAACACCUACAAACGCGAGCCGCGUAUUGUUGUACUUGGGUAGGUAUGAGUCAAUGAGGAGCAAAUUUAAAAUCAAAACUGUCUUAGACUUGUGGCUAUAUCUCCGAGGGGGGGGGGGAGAGAGAGUAGGAUACGAAGUGGAAGGAUGUCGUAGGUAGAUAUAAGAUUUUUCCAGCAAGGAAGUGUCCGUACUUAAUGCGAAGCUAGGAACCUCUUGAUCGGAAAGCAGAGAUAUUCGAAUGUGAGAUAGUAGCAGCGACUGCACCCCUCUGGAAUGAGGGGGAGAUUGACAGUGCUGUCAUCAGCAAAAGUAGUUGCAUAGGGAGGACAAAAGUAGUGUACAUCAAAAUAGG